AUGGCCACCGCCAUCGCCCCCACGGUCCAGACCAUGCCUGGCACCACCAACCUGCCGCUGGCCACCUUUCCCGGCGCGCCUGCCACGGCGAGCCUCGACGCGCUGCAGACGGCCCAGUCCUUUGUCGACACGGUCAACGCGCACCUCGCCAAGGCCGACACCGAGUCCCUGGCCGCGCUGUUCCUCGAGAAUGGCUACUGGCGGGACCACCUCGCCCUGACCUGGGAGUUUCGCACCGUACAGUCUCCCGGGAAAAUUGCGCCGUUCCUCGCGGAAGCGGCAUCCUCGCAGGACGGCUUCCGCCUGCAGUCGGUGACCCUAGACACUAGAACGCCGAGCCGCACCCCCGUCGUGGCCAAGAUUGACGCCGAGGGGAAGGCGGACGUGGUGCAGUUUUUCAUCACCUUUGACACCAAGAUUGGGUUUGGCGCGGGUACGGUCCGGCUUGUGGCGGAUGGGAACGGGUGGAAGAUUUACACUUUGGGGACAAUCUUGCAGGGCUUGAAAGGCUUUGAGGAGCCGGUGUAUGGCAGGAGGCCGGCGGGUGUGUCGCAUGGCCAGCACCCCGGACGGAAGAAUUGGAGGGAGAGGCGCGAGGCGGAGGAAAACUACACAGACGGCAGUGAGCCGCUAGUUGUCAUUGUUGGUGCUGGUCAAGCUGGCCUCACAGCCGCCGUCCGGCUCAAGAUGUUGGGAAUCAACGCCCUCAUCAUCGACAGAAAUCAGCGGGUCGGGGACAAUUGGCGCAACCGGUACCACCAGCUCGUUCUGCACGAUCCAGUAUGGUACGACCACAUGCCGUACAUUCCGUUCCCGCCAAACUGGCCCAUCUUUACACCCAAAGACAAGCUCGGCGGGUGGUUCGAGUCGUACGCGCAGAACAUGGAGCUGAAUGUCUGGAUGACGACCCAGUUGACAAAGACAAAAUGGGACGAGGCGUCCAAGACAUGGACGGUGGAGCUACACCGCAAGAAGCCUGAUGGAAGCAGCGAGGUUCGCACGUUUCACCCAAAGCAUAUUAUUCAGGCAACAGGGCACUCGGGGAAGAGGAGCAUGCCGGAGAUUGAAGGCAUUGAAAACUUCAAGGGCCAUAUCCUUUGCCAUUCGUCAGAGUUUCCUGGCGCGCGCAAGGACGAAGGCAAAGGGAAAAGGGCGAUUGUAGUCGGCUGCUGCAAUUCAGGCCAUGACAUUUCGCACGACUUUUACGAGAACGGCUACGACGUCACCAUUGUCCAGCGCUCCAGCACCCAUGUCGUGUCCUCCAAGGCAAUUACCGAAAUCGCACUCAAGGGCAUCUUUUCCGAAACGUCGCCGCCCGUCGACGACGCAGAUUUGCUCCUGCACAGCAUGCCCAACGCCGUGCUCAAGGCCGUGCAGUCGCAAGUUGGUGUUUUGCAGCGCGCCCACGAUGCGCCCAUCCUCGAGGGCCUGACCAAGGCCGGCUUCAAGCUCGACGACGGGCCUGACGGCUCGGGGCUCUUCUUCAAGUAUUUCCAGCGCGGCGGCGGGUACUACAUUGACGUCGGCGCGUCGCAGCUCAUCGCCGACGGCAAGAUUAGGAUCAAACAGGGCCAGGAAAUCGUGGAGGUAUUGGAAAGGGGCCUGCGUUUUGCGGACGGCUCCGAGCUGGAGGCGGACGAGAUUGUGUUUGCGACGGGGUACCAGAAUAUGAAGUCGCAGGCGCGGGAGAUGUAUGGCGAGGAGCUGGGGAACAGGGUCAAGGAUGUCUGGGGGCUGAACGAGGAGGGUGAGUGGCGCACAAUUUGGCAGGAUAGUGGCCAUCCGGGCUUCUGGUUCCAUGGCGGUAAUAUGGCGCUGUGUCGGUAUUAUUCGAGGUUGUUGGCGCUGCAGAUCAAGGGCAUCGAGGCAGGGUUGUAUAAGCCUGGUGAGAAGUGA